UUUUAAUUGUAUGUAAGGAACGACAGAAAGGUACCGUAUAUUACUGGCGCGAGAUUUAAGUGAUGUCAAAUGUCAAUAAUAUGACAGCUGACAGUUAAGAUGACAUAUUCAAUAAGGAAAACCCAUACCCAUAACCUAUAAAAACAAAAAUUAUUUUCCCAAAAGUUCCUUUUAUUAUUAUUACCUAACUAAAAUUAAAAUGGAUCAAAGUUUUGAAAAUUCCCUACUGAGAGGCUGGAGCAGAGAGAUGCAGGCGGCCGUAGAAACCUACCGAAAACCAAUACUAGACGAAAAAGUGGUGAGCGUAAUAAAACUGGCCUGCGAAACGUUCAAACAAGAAAUUCAGGUGUUUUUCAUGUCCGUGGACGUGGUAGAAACGUACAUCUAUCUAAACGAGGCAUACGGCAGAAAAAUCGAGGAUCCCUUCCUCGAUAUGUGCGUAAUCAUCUUCAUUAUGAGCAAAUACUUUGGGGGCGGUGCCGACCUAAAAAUUCCAGUGAUAGAGAAGUUCAUGUACAAGAUUUGCGGUCUGAACUAUAGCGCCAAGACGAUAAUCAGGGCCGAAAUUGACAUUUUACAAAUGCUACAGUACAAGUUGCCUUUGAGCACCGCCCUGGAUGAAAUGGACACUUUUUUCGAGAAAUUCAGUAGAGAGUAUCACUUGAAAGACAUCUUGAGACCGUUGUGCGAAGAGAUUUUAAUUAUGAUGUAUUGCCAAAGAAAGGUGUGGGUGAAACAUUUGAGGAAGUAUUAUCAGUCGGAUCCGGCCACUUUUAAUCAUUUGAUGACUUCAAAAGUGUUUUUGCCAGCCGGAAUACUUGUGAGUGCUUUUAAUACCACUAAUUAUCAGUUUAUAUUGGACGUUGAGGGUCUUGUUAAUGAUUUAAAUGGGUUUAUAGGGAUUCAUCCCAGGCACAUUUUUGUUUUGAGUGAUAUUAUUAUUAAUUUAAUGAAAGGGUAAGGCACUACAAGGUGUUCGGGGGUACAUUUAAUUAAUCAUUUCUUUAGUAUAUUUACUUAUUAAGAGUUUGAGUGUCUAAAAUAUCUUUCUCAUUCUUUUCUUAUGAAAUUUUUACUUUAGGAGAAUAAAAUUAGAAGAGAUAUGACACUCACAACUUGUUUGUUAUAUAAAAGUCUAUGUUUUGUUACUUUAUUUUACUUAAGAUACUUCCUAAUCUAUAUUUUGAUGGCUGUAAAAAGUACCUGUUUAAAUGUUAAUAUUAAUGGAAAAAUAAGGUGUUCCGAGGGCCCUGAAGUCACAGUUUGAAUUGCUUGUAUGAAGUGUUUACUGAAAAAUCCCUUUACAAGUAAUGGCGAGCUUAAACUAUGACAAUUUUAUUCUAAUUUAAAAUUAAGAUAGUUCUAGUUAUUUUGAUGGCUGUAAAAGAGUACCUGUUUAAAUGUUAACUUUAAUUGAAUUAAGUUUUUUUGUAGAUUAAAAAUAACUGGUAAGAAAUGCUUUUGUUGUUCAUCUAAUAUAUCAUUGGCUUGCUGCAAAAACUCAAAAAUGAUAGUUUCUGGAAAAAUCAAUUGUUUACUAAUGCCGAUGGUUUAGGUGGUUUUGGGAAAAAAUCAUUUUGUAGUUUUUAGUUUCCGGCAAUAAAAUAUG